AAACUCCGGAAGUCCUCCCUGAGUGCAAGGAGUUGAACCUGGCUGCAUUCGUUCAAAAGAAACUGGUUUCGUUUUGUGGGAAACCUGGGCGUGAAUCAAAGUUGUCUUUGGUGUGAAGACAUGAAUGUAACUUACCGCUUAUACUUCGAGCCAAGUGACCUGUUUUAGGUUCAAACUCUUGCAUGGAGAACAUUGUGGUUUACAUUCCCAAGGAAGCAUGUGUCAAAAACAUGCCUCUGCAGUCUCUGUCCAGCUCCACAGCUAGGAAGAUCAGUGUCGCUCUGUUUCCGCAUGGAUCAGAGAAACAGAUGCCGAAGACAGUGACGUGGAUCUGUCCGGUUGAGCUGCGAGAAGAAGAAGUGGCUGUGGCCAAGGACCGCAGAGAACCGGUCCCGCUGAUCCAGAGGCCACUGGUCUCCAAAAUAACUCCGGGCCAGUUUUCACUGCCUGUUGUGAGUUCCAGCAUCACUGCCUUUAAGGUCUUAAGAACAAUUCUAAAAACACACAAGCCUAAAAUAAAAUUUUCAGGGCUGGAAAAUGAUGCUGCCUCUCUGCCCAGCAUCAGACAAUCUGUUCGGCAAAAUGCUAUUAUUGUGUAUAAUGGCCAGAUCUUCCUCUCAGUGAGGAAGGCACGUUGCAGGCGCGUGAGAUUUCAAAACUCUCCCUCAGCACCUUUAGGUGUGUGUCCUGUUUCUCCUAGUAAACAGAACCAAAUAAAUACACCUAGCUGUCAGGCGCAACCGCUUCCGGACUCUUCACCCAGACCACAACAGAGCAAGAGACAGGAUGUUCAGACUCCAGUCAAAGAUCUUGACAUUAACAUACAGAUUUCACCACUUCUGCACAAAGUCUCUGAAGAAAUGCCUGAGCGAUGCUGUAAAGACAAAGAGUCUCAAAAGGAAGAUGAGUCCAGGUCACUGAGUAGCCCACCCAAACCUCCUGAGGAUCAGGAGACGUCUAGUUCCCAGCCUACUCUCCUCCAGCAGCCUCAGAUCAUCCACAUGGCUUCUGUCAUCUCAGAACAGCCUGAAGCAGCAGCAGCAGGAGGAGAAAGAGAGAUGCAUGAGGAUGACAAUGAGCGUCUAGAGGGCGCAUUGCUCCCCAGGGCUGAGAGUUGUUUUGCAUUUGAUUUUGAACAGUUGGCGCAGGAGGAGAGAAUCAACCACCUACGAGCUCGGCUGAGACAGAAGGAAGCCGCGCUCAGCAACUUUAACGCAAAGCCUGCGGAUCAGAUUUAGAGGAUCAGACUGCGCCAAAGAUGUCUGUUCAGGAGGUAUACAAGUUCCUAGUGCAUCGUUUUAUGUGAACAGCAUAAAGGAAGAGUUUACCCAAAAAUGAAUAUUUUGUCAUCAUUUACUCACCCUCAGGUUGUUCCAAAUCUGUAUUGAUUUCUUUCUCCUGCUGAACACAAAAGAAGAUCAUUUUGAAGAAUGUGGGUAGUUGCUGGUCCCCGUUGGCCGACAUAGUACACGAGCCACUGUGUGGUUACCCACAUUCUUCAAAACAUCUUCUUUUGUGUUCAUCAGACAAGAAAGAAAUUCAUAAAGCGUUGGGACAUCUUGAGGGUGAGUAAAUGAUGACAAAAUGUUCAUUUUUUUUAGGUGAACUAUCACUUUAAGAUGAGUAGGUUUGUUAAUUCAAAUGUUUAUUAUUUAAUAGCACAAAUACUGUCAUUUAAAUAAAAUAUUUAUGGCAAAAAAGAUGUUAGCAGAGAUUUAUGAACAUAAUGUGUUUGUGCAAUAAAUAAAGUGAAUAAUUUGGUUUUGGACAGUUACCACAAAAUUGGUUUGGAUUUAAUUUUUUAUUUCAUUGUAGCUUCUAAAAUUGAAAUUAUUAUACAUGAAUUCUCAGUUCAAAUAAAAGGUUUUAUGUCA